UCAAUUUCCUGCAGCAACACCACCGGCAGCACUCAGGUCCAGCUCCCCAGCGUCAUGGCGGCAUGGCUUCAGGCGUUUCCUCUGCUCCUGCUCCUGGCGUUGUCCUCCCCGGGGGCCGACGCCGCCUCCAACCAGCACCUGUGCGGCUCCCACCUGGUGGAGGCGCUCUUCCUGGUGUGUGGGGAACGCGGCUUCUUCUUCAGCCCCGACACUAAAAGAGAUGUGGACUCCCUACUUGGCCCAGAGAAUGAAGCUGAUGAAUACCGCUACAAAGAGCAGGCGGAGAUGAAGGUGAAGAGGGGGAUCGUGGAGCAGUGCUGUAAAAAGCCGUGCAAUAUCUUUGACCUGGAGAAAUACUGUAACUGAGUCCGGGGACUCCCACGCCUCCACAGCCACCGACGUUAACGACGACACACACCUCUGCAAGAAUUCACUAGUAAUCAUGCCGUGAAAAUGAAAAUUACAGGCGAUCCCCGGUGUUUAUUUUUGCUAAAAAAAAAUAAAGAUUAAUCAAAACAUUAA